GAAGUGAUACUAAAUGGAAUUUCUGCCUUUCCUCCCACGUGAGCCUCCACCGAAGCACCACGCGCAGCAAGACCAAACCGGCUGCUAAUGAUAAGUGUAUCACGUCACUGAGAAACAGCGGCAAGCGAGCUGUGGACCACAAAGUAACUGCCGUACGGACGCGGCGGAGCGGAUAAUUCUAGUCUCAGGUCCAGACAGCGCGAGGAAGAUGGCGGACGACCCCAGCGCAGCGGACAGGAACGUGGAAAUCUGGAAGAUUAAGAAGUUGAUCAAAAGCCUUGAGGCGGCUAGAGGAAAUGGCACCAGUAUGAUUUCCCUCAUCAUCCCACCCAAGGAUCAGAUCUCGCGUGUUGCGAAGAUGUUGGCCGAUGAGUUCGGCACGGCUUCGAACAUCAAGAGCAGAGUCAACAGACUCUCUGUGCUGGGAGCCAUUACCUCAGUACAGCAGAGACUCAAACUCUACAACAAAGUGCCUCCUAAUGGCCUGGUGGUGUAUUGUGGCACCAUAGUGACAGAGGAAGGCAAAGAGAAGAAAGUAAACAUUGAUUUUGAGCCUUUUAAACCAAUCAACACAUCCUUGUAUUUAUGUGACAACAAGUUCCAUACUGAGGCUCUAACAGCUCUGCUGUCAGACGACAGCAAGUUCGGCUUCAUUGUGAUUGAUGGUAGUGGCGCCCUGUUUGGGACUUUACAAGGCAACACAAGGGAGGUGUUGCACAAAUUUACUGUGGACCUGCCCAAAAAACACGGUAGAGGAGGACAGUCCGCUCUUCGAUUUGCACGUUUGAGGAUGGAGAAGAGACAUAACUAUGUGCGUAAGGUAGCAGAGACAGCUGUGCAACUCUUCGUGUCCAAUGACAAGGUCAACGUGGCAGGACUGGUUCUUGCCGGAUCGGCCGAUUUCAAGACGGAGCUCAGCCAGUCAGACAUGUUUGAUCCGAGGUUACAAGCGAAGGUUCUGAAGCUGGUUGAUAUAUCGUAUGGAGGAGAGAACGGUUUCAACCAGGCCAUUGAGCUUUCAGCGGAAGUGCUGUCCAAUGUCAAGUUCAUCCAAGAAAAGAAACUAAUAGGCCGAUACUUUGAUGAGAUCAGUCAGGACACAGGGAAGUAUUGUUUUGGAGUUGAAGACACACUCAAAGCGCUGGAGAUGGGAGCGGUGGAGAUUCUUAUAGUUUAUGAGAACCUGGACACUAUGCGUUAUGUCCUACGCUGUCAUGGAGAAAAUACUACACCAGAAAAUGAUGAAAAGACACUCUAUCUGACACCGGAACAGGAGAAGGACAAGUCUCAUUUCACUGACAAGGAGACGGGUCAGGAGCAUGAGCUGAUUGAGAGCAUGCCGCUGCUUGAGUGGUUCGCCAAUAACUACAAGAAGUUUGGGGCCACGCUGGAAAUCGUUACAGACAAAAGCCAGGAGGGUUCACAGUUUGUGAAAGGCUUUGGAGGCAUUGGUGGAAUCUUGCGGUACCGGGUGGACUUCCAAGGCAUGGAUUACCAGGGAGAUGAUGAUGAGUUUUUUGAUUUAGAUGACUACUAGGUAGUCGGGACUGACACAAAAUUCAAAUAUAAGAUUUUCCCCCUUCACCUACCCCGCAAACGGCAGGGGAGCGAAGGAGAUCGAAUCAGCAGGAGGGAGAAUAAGAAUUUGAGAUGGCGGCGGAUGGUCCCUGGCUUUAGAAUACAGCGACUCCAUCUCUGGACUGGAAGAGACUGAGUUUUCUCCUCUCCACUAAUUACCGGGUCAUCGCAACAGCAUGGCCAUGGCCCGUCUGCCUGUCCUGCCUCAGCUCUUCACGAAAACACUCUAGGCUUUCAGAUCUACUUUUUCUUCCCUUCUAAUCUCACUCCUUUUCUUCCUUUUGCCUCUCCUUUUAUAAUGGCAUCUGCUGCUGUUGUAUUUUAUUCAAAUGUAUUAUAUUUUCUCUUAUUCAGUGUACGAAGAAAGCAGUAGCAAAUGAUUAGAGCUGUACUGCUUGCCUCUAGCCACCUCAAGCCCAUUGCCAGGCCUUCGUUUUAAUUUCCUGGUUAGCCCAGACUUGAUUUGUUGCCUUGUUUCUGCUGUAAACCAGUGUGGUGGUGGUGGUGGUGGUGCUGAUGAACUCUGAGCCAGUGGUACACCCUGCUCCUCCCAUCGCAUUGUGCCCACAUUGAGGCGUUUCUUGCUCUCAAAUGGACCAUAUAGUAACUGGACUCAUCCCGUCUUGAAGACCGAGAACCGUAUUUCACAGUACAUUGCCCUCACUUGUUUUCCUUCAGCCCCCAGGAGAUGCUACUUCUCAAAAUAAACUAUAUAUGAGUGCCUGAA